AUGGGAGAGUCAACUCUCUAAAUUAAAAAAAGAGGUGCUGUGAAUUUAGAUGAAAUCUCUUCACUAGAAGCAUUUAUUUAAAAGAUUAAGAAUAUUACAUUUUAGGUUCUUUCUGUGCUGCUUAAAAAUGAAGAAGAAGAUGUAUUAGGCAUGUACUUUGCAGUGGCAGUGGACUACUUGUAGAUGUUUAGUUUUCCUUUUAACAAGAAGCUCAAACAUGUAUGGAAAGCCACUACUUUUUUGGAUAUCAUAUUCUAAAUUUUUGAUCUAUUUAAUAUCUAAAACUAUAUGCCACGCAUAAAUUUUUAUACUUAUUUAGCAGGGGUUUAUUUAUUAGUCUUUGUUAUUCUAUUAGUUAUUUUAGAUAUAUUGUAUGUCUCUUAUUCCUUUUCGCAAAAGAAGUUUAGUAUUACCUGGCCUUUGAAAGUUCUUAACUAAGUUACUUCUUAUUUAGUUACUGUAUUCUUUUUACCUAUUACAGAGACUCUUAUUUCUCUCUUGGAAUGUGAGGAAGAAAAUGGUCAUUUGGUUCUAGCUAGUUUUAACGACUAAGUUUGCUGGCAAGGAUGGGUACUAUUUCAUCAAAUCAUAUCUUCUUUAUUCAAUUUAAUUUUUGUUAUCAUCAGUUCUAUUGUAGCACUAACUUUCUUUGAGCCUAGAAUGACAUCUAAAAACAGAACUGCUAGAUAAGACUCUAUUGGAGAGGUUGUUUUUAUUAUUACCAAAGUAGCUUGCUAAGUAUUAUUUAAUUUCAUUCCUGAGGGAAAUGAUUGGUUUUUAGCACUUCUAACAUUUGUUUUGAGCUGUGCUCUAUUUUGGGCUUACAAUUUCGAGGAACCCUAUUAUGAUAAAGAGGUUGGAACUUUCUUUAAUAUAGUUACUACCUAUUAUUUAUGGACAAACACGAUGCUAGUUAUUAGCCUUAUUUUUUAUGAGACGAGCUUUAAUGGAGGACUUAUUAUUUGGAUUCUCGGUCUUCCAUUUAUCAUUUUAAUCAUGCUAACUAAAAGAUAGAGUAAAAUUAAGACUCUUAUUGACAGUCAAAUGAAAUUUAAAAGUGGUGAAUAAGUUCAAAAUCAUUUAAGGUACGUGCUAACAUUGAUUCAAAAUUAAAAAUAUGAUAAAAAUUCUUAUAUGUUACUGAUUGGUUAUGUAGAAAAACACAAAGAAACAUGCACUGAAGAAGAUUGCCCUCUAAAAAGAAAAAAGAUGAGAAGAGGCAAACAAUUAGAUAUUGAAAUUGAAGAAGUUAUUAAAAAUUUAAUCAGAGAAUUAGGAAGGCUUUAUCAGAAUGGUUUAAGAAAAUUCCCAACUUGCACUAAACUAAGACUGUCAUAUGCUUUCUUUUUGUUAGAAAGACUGAAAAAGAAAGAAGAUGCUUUAGCUUAGUUCAAGAUAAGCUUGACAACAAAGCCUACUUUUGACGAAUAAUUCAUCAUUUAUAGAUAUAUCGAAAUGAUUUCAUAGAGCUCUGAAGAAGUGGAAGAAGAAUCAGAUGAAGAGGAAGAAACAGAUGUUGUAAAAAAAAUAGAAUUUGAGUCUCACUUAUCAUAAUUUGAGGAAUACAUCAAAUUAGCUGCAUAAAGACACAAGGAGUUUUGGGCUAAUUUGAAAGAAGAUAACAACAUUGCCUUGGGAAGGUUGAAUGUUCUUGGUUCUGGUAUUAGUCAGUAUGUGUUUAAGGCUAAAGACCACUUUACAAGGAUGAUUAAAAUAAACUCUUCAUUUCCAUAGCCUUUCAAGGUUUAUGGAUAGUUUUUAAUAAAAGUUCUAAACCAGAAAGAGGCAGGAUUAGAAAUGGUUUAAAAGGGUAGAGAAAUAGCUUUAGAAUCUGGAAAUAAGGGCUAAAAAAAAGAGGAUAUAGAAAGCUUUAAAAAUGAACCUAUUCCUUUUAUUAUAACUUAAAAGAGAAGAGCAGGAUAAACUACUAUCUAAAAUGUUAAUUUAUUAUUUUCUGUAUUUUUUUCAUACCAAAGGGAUGAAAUUAUUGGCAAAGAUCUCAGCUUUAUUUUGCCUAAUUUGUACGUUCCUUUCCACGAAAGUUUAGUAGACUAAUUUCAAGAAAAUGUGAACUAAUCUAAUUUUAGAAGUUAGUAUUUGAAUAAUCCUUAAUAAAGGUUUGCUAAAAAUAGAAACGGAUACAUAUUUCCUAUUAUUUACAAUAUUCGACCAUUAAAUGAAGAUUUUACUAAGUAUUGUGCCACCUUCGAAGCAGAUUAAUCAGCUAAAAAUGCUAUAUUUAUUAUGAUAAAUGAUAACUUUGAAAUUACUGAUUUUUCAAGCUCAGCCCUCACAAAUUUUGACUUAAAUCCAUCUAUUUUGAAAAAUUAAAAACUUUCAAUCAAAAUCUCUUCAAUAAUACCUGAUUGGGAAUAAGAUUAAGAUACCUACGUUCUAAAAGGAAAAGAGUUUACCUUUAAUCAACAAUAAUAUUUUUGCAAUAGCACUAAAUUACUCAUUCCUAUUGAAAUCAAAGAUGCUUUUGAUAAUGAUGAGUAAUUUAGAUAUGAGCUAAUUGGGUUUCAGCUAAAGUUAGAUAAACUUGAGAAAAAUUUAAUAUAAGUAGGUCAUAAAGAGUCACUUUAAAAUUCAUCUCUAUAAGAUGCUAAGCUACCAGCGGUUGUCUUGUAAGGACCUACUACGAGUUUCAGUUAAAAAAAUAUUCAAAUAGGUUCUGCAAGAGAGAUAACUUCUUUUUAAAACAUAUCGAUAAUGCAGACUUUAAAUACCCCUACAUACAAUUCUAAUGCAGCCAUAAAUACUAGCUAUCAAAGUAAUAAUUAAAAUUUAGCAGAAGGCAAUAAUUAGAUAAACAAUAGAAUUACUAAAUUAAAAAUUAAUAACUCUGCAAAUAGCAAAAAUUAAACUGACUUAAUAGGAUAGUUGGGUGUAUAAUAAAAUAGCUCUAGGAGUUUAAACUUAAAGAAAAACCAUGGAGAAGAAUAUGAAAUAGAGAUUUCACCCAUUGUUCUAGUGGAAUAAAAAAAAAUUAUGUCAAAUAGUUUAUCAGAAAACGAAAUAAAUUCAUAGAACUAAAUUCUUGGAGAUGGCAACAAAGUAAAUAAUUUAUCAAGAUUCAUUUUUGAUUUUUACAAAACGCCUCUCGAAGAUGACUCAUUUGGAGAUGAUUAAAAUACAAGCUUGAGUUCUAAAUUGUAAGAUUAAAAAGAUUAUGGAAAAGAUAUCAAAAUUAAAAGGCUAAUUAACAACUAGGUCGUUAAUGUUUACGAAAGUGAUUUAAAUGACAUAUAAUCUGAUGAUGAUGAUGAUAACGAAGAUAGUGUAUUUAAUCAAAAUAAAGAAGAUUACUAUUUGUCUAAGAAAGAAUAUGUAGUAUUUAAUUAGCCUGAUAUAGUUCAAAUUAUAAAUAGAGCCUUAAAUACGGAAUACAGACAUAAAUCAAUUUAACUUUUCGAGUAAAUCAGUAUCUUAUGGUUGCUAAUUAUUUUAGGAAUAAGCAUAUUUUAAUUUGUAUAUUCACUGCAACAACUGAAUGAUUAUUCUAAUUUUAUUGAUCUUGUUUAAACACUUUCUGAUAGAAAUACUAUAAAUACUUACUUAGUUUCAGAUGUAAUUGAUUUGGUUUUACUUUCUUAAAACAAGUACUUGUCAGGCUAUUUAACUUUUGAAAGCGUUUAGUAAGAUAUUAGCUCCAUAAUAUAAUAGGCAUCUAAUUUAACCUCAAGCAUGAGAUAUUAAGAAUUCCAGUUUAUUGGUGUUGAUCAUAAUUUAUACAAUAUAAACUUUUAUUCUGGUAAACUAACCGAUCCCGUUGCUGUACAGCAAAUUGAACCAUAAAAUUUCUUCAAUUUAUUAACUUCACUCUGUGCUAUCGUUGCCAAUUAGAAUCCAUAAUAAGUAAAUCUAAAUAAUGGGAUUGUAAACACUAUCAUAUAUAACUACUAUAAUUUUAUUCAAGCAUAUAUGAUGAAUUAAACCUAACAUAUAAGCUAGAUUAUAAGAAAUAAAUUAGAUUCUAUAGAUUAUAGUCUUAUUAUUUCAAUAGUUAUUUUAACAGUACUAAGUACUGCAAGUACUACUAGUCUAAUUUUCCUGAUGGUAUAUAUAAAAGAUGAAAGGGAAAACAUUCUGUUUUUGUUCUUGGAUAUCCCUCUCAAGCAUAUUAAUUACCUUUAUAGAAAUUGUGAUUCUUUUUUGAAAAAAUUCACUUCAAUUUAAGAAAUGAUUUAAAAAAGUGAAGUUUAAGGCUACGAGAGCUCUGAUGACGAAUAAGAAGAAAUUAAUACUGAUUAUACUAGAUUUAAAGUAACAGACCAUGACAUUGAAUAAGAUGAAAAGGAGCAAUAAAAAGAAAUUAUGAAAAAAAGGAGAAAAAAUAUAGAAAAUUAUAAAAAAAAUAAAUUUUAAGGUUAAGAAGUGAUGGUGCUCAAGCACCUGUUGAUGAUAAUUUUGUCUCUAGCUUUUGCAAUAGUCAAUAUUUUAACAAUGAUGAGCACAAAAGAAGUUGUUAAUUUCUUAUGGGAGUAAUACUUCUAUGAUUUAUAAAUAGUUUUAAAUAUUGGAAAUGAUUUAAAUGUUUAAAAAAUAAUGCUUUUAUAAUAAAACUAUCCAAUUGCUAAUACGACUGCUUUCAAUUACUCAGUUUAAAAUUAUAAAUAUAUUUUAGGAAGAAAUAGUUAAAUCGGAGAUUUUAAUUUCAAGAUAAUGAAUGAAUAGCUUUAAAUAAGAGAUCUCUAUUUAAACGUAUACUAUCAAAAUGCUUGCUUGUCGCUGGAAGAACAAUCAUUAUAAUAAUAAUGUCAAGCAAUGAUAGAAGGAAGUAUAAAAUAUGGAAUUGAUAAUGUGAUGUAGUUCUAUUUUGCUUUGUUCGAAGCUAAUACUUAAGGCUUAAUUGACAAAGUCAAUCCAGAUAAUAUUUUGUUUAGAAAAGAGAUGGUAGAAGGAGAUGUCUCUUUGUAUAAGCAUAUCUAUCCAAUAAUGAAAUAAUUUACCACGAAAGAAAAUGAUAUUGUAGAUGAAGAUAUUAGCUCAACGAAAAGACUUUAGACAUUAAUUUUGAUAUUGUUUAUGUUGUUCUUAAUAUUUCUAUUUAUAAUAUUUUGGCUACCCAAUAUUAGCUCCAUGAAUACAUAAAUAAACAGAACUAUAACAAUGCUCGAUAUGAUACCACUUAAAGUAAUCAAAGAAAAUCAUAAAAUUAGAAUGUUUGUUAAAAAGUUGAUAGAUUAAUAGAGAAAAAUGUUUAAAAAGUGA